UGCUAUGUGCUAGUGCUAAAAUUUUGAUUAGACUUCCGAUUGAAUAUUAUUUUUAUUUAUUGCUGAGCGCUGAGCCCUAACAGUAUCAGAAGGUUUUGGGCAGGCCUACCCAUUUUAACAGUUUUACAGUUACCAAAUAUAAUAUUUGUUUAGUGGUAUAAAAAUAAUAAUUGUACCUCUGUUUGGCCUAAUGCAUUAAGGUUAGGUUAAGUUGGGCUUAUGUUCAACAGAGAUUGUAUAUCAAAUUGGUUUGGUUGAUAAAGAAAUGAAACUUAACCCAUUCUUUUAACCAUGUAAUUUGGAAUAGAUACAUUGCUUUGUAGAUUCAUUGAGAAGACUUUCACUGUGUAUCUUGUGAUAAUUGUGACCGCAAUAUCUUUUAUAAUGUGGAAACUACUUCCCCACAUAUCAAAAAACCUAUUGUGCCGUAAUAGUGUCUUCAAAGUUCCUCAAAUUAGGCUGUUUUUGUCAGAAUCUUAUAAACUGGAUAAUGUGUGGAAGGAAAGAUUGCAAUCCCCUAUUCUCAAAAGAAUCAAUGUGAGUGAUAUGUUUUAUGAACUGGAUAACCAAUUUCAACAUUUUGCUUAUGCUAGUGCUUUGGAUAUCGAUCUUUUUGUAAAUGCUGUAAACGAUGAUUCCUAUUUUGAUGAAAUAGAGGAUGUCCUCUAUAAGUUGAGAUUGAGUCCAGAGGCAGUUAAUAUGUUGCCCUCAACUCAUCAUGCUAUUGUUCGAUUGUACAUGGAAUGGAAUAAAACUCAGGAUUUGAUGAGAGUCCUCGAUGACAGACUCAACUAUGGUGUAUUUCCAGAUGACUAUUGUAGUUUGUUCAUGAUUGACUCUUUUGUCAAAGCUCAGAAUUUCAGGGACGCCGCCAAAGUUAGUAUUUUAGGCAUGCUACAGGAAGAGAUUUCAAAUCCAUUGUUAAAGUAUUAUUCACUGUAUUCUUGUCACAAGUAUUUGGAAAACCCUAUUCCGUGGAAAGAUGCUGAGGAUGGACAGAAAGGGGAGGAGGAAGAGGAUGAAGACGAAGUAGUUAAGGUUAGAGUUAGGUUUCUUCGUAAUCCCUAUUUCGACGACAACUUUGAUCUUGUAGAACCUCAUCACUUGAUAGGGAAGACAAUGACGUAUAUUGGAUCAGGUAUUGACAGUUGUGUUGGAAAAACUUACAAACUUCUUGGCUUGAUCUUGCAUGAAAAGUUUGAUGAAGCAACCAGUUACAUUACUGCACUCUCAUCGUCAAAAGAAUCAGAUUUAGUUUACGAGGAAGGGCUAGCCCUGGCAAAUAGGAUAUUAGAAGAGAAAUCCAAAACUGAAAGUCAAGAUGAAUCAUUUAAAGCAUCUGUUAAUAGAUUGAAAGAGAUUUUGAAUACAUCUUUUACCGACACUCAAGUCAAUAAAAGAAACCUCUUGGAAGAGUUGGAGUCAACAAUCAAGGAACUUACUUCAAAGCAUGAAAAAGUAGAGAUUGAUAAACAAUUGGACGCCUAUAAAGAGUGGGAGAGACUAAGAGAAAGGCUGUUAAUAGAACAAGUUGAAAAAAUAAACAGGGAAAAACAACUAGCAGAGGUGCAACGGCAAAAGCAGCUCUUGCAAGAGAAAGAGGAGGAGCUUUUCUUUUUUGAAAAUGAGCCUAAGUUGGACUUAAUUAUUGAAGAGAAAGAAAAGAAAAGAGCUGAAGAGGAAGAGAGAAACCAGAAGAUCAAAGAAGCUCUGCAGCCUCCGAAGAAAAUUGAAAAAUGGAACAAGCCAAUACCCCCAGAACCAACAAUUGAAGAUUAUUUUGACGACAAUAUCCCUCUGAAGUUAGUGAAAACAAAAUAGUUUAGUACUGUGUAGGCCUAUAUCUUUUGUACUGAAAAGUAGGUAUCUUUUUAAGCAAAACUGUAAAUAAAUAAAUUAAAUUUGCUUGACUAUUAA